AAAAAAGGAAGUAGUGUAGAGGCCUCGAAGCUUUCCACGCAGACGCAGUCCCUGUCCGCCAUCCAGGCCCCACUGGCUCACCUCUACCCAAUGCCCAACCCCCAAGUCAGAUGGCUUCAACCUCCGUGCCUCCCGCCUGGCUCUGUCACCGCCACCUCUCUCCCCCUUCCCGCUUCUCCCCUCGGCUCCGCCCACCACUCCUUCCUCCUCCGCCUCCACUCCUCCAGCUUCCAUUCCUCUAAGGCUCUACCCGCACGCCGCACGCCCCGGCGCCCCGCCAAAAACCCCCGAGCACCAAACCCUAGCUAGCCCCCCCCCCCCCCGCCAUGUCCGUCGCCGCCGCCGCGGCCUCCCUCGUCGCCUCCACCUCGCUCUCCGUCCCCGACCACCCCCGCCUCCCGCUGCCGCUCCGCUUCCGCCAGAGAUCGCAGUACCAACCGCGCACCGGCAGCCUCGUGCGUGCCGUCCUCGAGGGCCGCGCAUCCCCGCCGCCGGCGGCCGAGGAGGACGCCAAGCGCCACGGGCUCAGCGGCAACGGGAGCUGCCUCGGGUACGAUGAUGCCGCCGUGGAGGCGUACCUCGGGGCCAACGGCAACAGCAACGGAAGCGAGGGAGGGAACGGUGCGGUGGUGAAUCCCGCGGCGUCCGGGAGUAGCACGGCCGUGGCUUCUGUCCCGCCGGUGGAGGAUGAGAGGAGGAGGAAGGAGAGAGUGGAGGAGAUCGGGCGGGAGGACGCCUGGUUCAAUCAGAGCGGCGGGAAGCCCUUGCCUGAGGUGUCUGUUGCUCCUGGUGGUCGAUGGAAUCGGUUUAAAACUUAUUCGACAAUUCAAAGAACAUUGGAAAUAUGGAGCUUUGUAUUUACAUUUAUAUUCAAGGCUUGGCUGAACAACCAGAAGUUCACCUAUAGAGGGGGUAUGACACAAGAGAAAAAGGUAAUGAGGAGGAAAGUUCUCGCCAAGUGGCUGAAGGAGAGUAUUUUGAGAUUAGGCCCCACUUUUAUCAAAAUAGGGCAGCAAUUCUCCACCAGAGUUGAUAUUCUUCCGCAGGAAUAUGUGGACCAGUUAUCUGAGUUACAGGAUCAAGUUCCUCCGUUUCCUUCAGAGACAGCUUUAAAAAAUGUUGAAGAAGAGCUGGGGGCAUCUGUGUAUGAGAUAUUUGAUCGAUUUGAUUUUGAACCAAUAGCUGCUGCUAGCCUCGGCCAGGUUCAUCGGGCACGCUUGAAUGGCCAAGAAGUUGUCAUCAAAGUGCAAAGGCCUGGUCUGAAGGAGCUGUUUGAUAUUGAUCUGAAGAAUUUAAGGGUAAUAGCUGAAUACCUUCAGAAAGUGGAUCCAAAGUCAGAUGGUGCCAAGAGAGACUGGGUUGCCAUCUAUGAUGAGUGUGCAUCUGUUUUAUAUCAGGAAAUAGACUACACGAAGGAAGCAUUUAACGCUGAAAAAUUUGCUGAAAACUUCAAAACUUUAUAUUAUGUCAAGGUUCCUGAAAUUUACUGGGAGUAUACUACACGUCAGGUUUUAACAAUGGAAUAUGUUCCAGGAAUUAAAAUUAACAGGAUAAAGCAAUUAGAUAAGUUAGGAGUCGAUCGGAAAAGAUUAGGCCGCUAUGCUGUUGAGUCAUACCUUGAGCAGAUCUUGUCCCAUGGAUUUUUCCAUGCUGACCCGCAUCCAGGAAAUAUUGCUGUCGAUGAUGUCAAUGGUGGGAGGCUUAUAUUCUACGACUUUGGAAUGAUGGGAAGUAUCAGUCCAAAUAUCCGGGAAGGAUUGCUUGAAACGUUCUAUGGAGUUUAUGAAAAGGAUCCUGACAAAGUGCUUCAAGCCAUGAUUCAAAUGGGUGUCCUUGUUCCUAACGGAGAUAUGACUGCUGUCAGAAGAACAGCUCAAUUUUUCCUUAAUAGCUUCGAAGAGCGUCUUGCAGAACAAAGGAAAGAGAGAGAGAUGGCAACUCAAGAGCUGGGAUUUAAAAAGCAAUUGAGUAAGGAGGAGAAGUUUGAAAAGAAGAAGCAGAGGCUUGCAGCAAUCGGAGAGGAUCUUUUGGCAAUUGCUGCUGAUCAACCAUUUCGGUUUCCAGCCACCUUUACAUUUGUGGUCAGAGCAUUCUCAGUUCUAGAUGGUAUUGGGAAAGGCCUUGAUCCUAGAUUUGAUAUUACAGAGAUUGCUAAGCCAUAUGCCAUGGAAUUGCUAAGAUUUAAUGAAGCUGGUAUUGAAUUAGUUGUAAAGGAUGCAAAGAAGAGAUGGGAAAGGCAGUCCCAUGCAUUUUACAAUUUGUUCCACCAACCUGACAGAGUUGAAAAGCUUGCACAAAUCAUUGAGCGUUUGGAGCAAGGUGAUCUCAAGCUUCGUGUCAGAACGUUGGAAUCAGAAAGAGCAUUUCAAAGAGUUGCCGCUGUACAGAAAACAAUUGGAUAUGGAAUCGCUGCAGGCAGUUUGAUAAACCUGGCUACCGUUUUAUACUUCAAUUCGGUCCGGGGGCCAGCAACCAUUGCAUACUCUCUUUGCGUGUUCUUCGGGCUACAAGUUCUGGUUGGUCUUAUCAAGGUGAAGAAACUGGAUCAACAGGAGAGAUUAAUAACCGGCACUGCCUGAGCUCUGAGUUCUUCGUCAAUCAGUGAGAACUGACCCAUCAUUUUUCAGUGCUGUCCAUGGUCGUCACCGUCUCCUUUUUUAUUUCUCUUUUGCCCAAUUUUACCCCCUGCGUGAUGUAACAUAGCCACGGCCACCGGUGUAUGAUAGCUGUAUGUAGAUGCGGUGUAACAGAUAAAGAUGUACAUAGUGUAUAAUAGAUAUUCUACAUGUAUCAUUACUCCCUUCCAUUGUUUCAUAUGAUAAUUCAGGGUAAACAAAUGAUAGAUUUGGUGAUUUAAUUGGAUUUAUGCCCUGAGUAAGA